GUUUGAUGGGAGGUGAUUGGCCAAAGUUUUCUGGGUUGGCCGAAUAGUUUUCCGACUCUCCCUGUGGCGGUCGAUGGUGGAGAAGGAGCAAAUCACACAGAAAAGGUAACCUUCGGCGUCUUUGGAUGUCUUCCGACGGCGGCGAGAUUGAACAACUAUCGAGAAUUAAGUUUCAGCAUCUUCAUAAUAAUUAAGAAGAACUGAAAGUGCUGUUGAAAGAAAUGGAAGAUGAUCAUGAUGUGGAACAGAUAUUUGAAACCAGUAGUCAACAAUCAAAUGGGAGUACUUCAGAUGCAGUUCACAAAGCAAAUCUUGACAUUGACGUAGAAUUGAAAGAUGACAAUUCAAAUGAAGAUCAGAGGCGUACGCGAAGAGUCCAAACACAUGAGCAACGUAGAAGAUUAGGAAAAACUAUUCCUAGUCAACAUGCUAGCCGAAUCAACGAGAGUACUUCGGAUGCAGCAGCUUCUGGAAAUAUUGAUCAUGAAGAAGAAUAUGCUAAUUCUAGUACGUUUGGCAUUGAUUACAUAGAAGAAGCAGUUGUUGGCAUUGGUGGAGAAGAAGAUGACUAUCGAAAUGAAGAGAGACAAAAAUCAGGAACAAUUGUAACUCCCGAAUGUGUGAUUCGAAUCAACGAUAAUGAGAGACAAAAACCUGUUGUCAUCAGCGGAUCAGGAUGGUCGACAUUGAAAGUUCCUGCACCUCUAUUCAAAGUCGACAAAGGUGCUUAUGUCCCCAAGAUUGUCUCCAUCGGUCCAUUUCAUUAUAAUGAACCAAGUCUACGAGCCAUGCAAACUCAAAAAUGGCGGUUUCUCGAUCGCCUUAUUCGAAACCGAACAGGGCAGCCUAACCUUGAAGAAAGUCUUAAAAAUUCCAUGAGAGAAUUGGAGGGAAAGACCAGAGAUUUCUAUGCAGAAGACUUUUAGGCUAUAAAGCCUGAUGAUUUUGUGCAGAUGAUGGUCCUUGACGGUUGCUUCAUUGUAGAAAUCAUGUGUUUAUACGAGAAAAAAUAUGUGGGGGAGCCCAUUUUUGAAACACGAUGGACGCUGCUAAAUAUCUCUCGUGAUUUACUUUUGCUUGAGAACCAACUCCCUAUGUUUGUGCUGCAGAAGAUUUUUGAACUUACUGGGGAGGCAAGUCCUAAUCUAAACACACUUGCUCUUGAAUUUUUUGAACCCUUGAGACUUGGGAAGGAUGAGUCUACAACACAUAAGCUGAACAAGUACACCGACGAGUAUAUACAUCUGUUGGCUUUGUUUCACUCUACCUUAACGUCAGAUGAUAACAUAUACCCGAAACAGCUUGCAAAGAGUGAAAAGAACAAACCACAUCUUAUUCUUCCUGGGAAAGGUUGGGUGCAUAAUGCCGAAACACUUCGUUAUGCUGGUGUUGAGUUCAAAAACAAUUCUGGUAGUAUUCUCCGCAUACAGCUUAAAGGCAAGACGCUAAAUAUUCCGACCAUGAUCAUCGAUGAUAGCACCGACCCUUUGUUGAGGAACUUGAUAGCCUAUGAACAAAACAAUCGCUCUGUAGCUCCAUAUUUUUGCUGUCUUGCGGUGUUCUUGGAUAGCAUAGUGGAUACGGUCGAGGAUGUCAAGAUUCUUCGUGAUGCCGGGAUUAUCAAACAGGCAAAGGGUGGAGACAAGGAGGUGGCGAAUCUUUUUAGCAGUCUCACUAAAGAGCUGGUGUUUGAUAUUGAUAAGGAGGACUGCUACCUGAUCGAGCAAAUCGAAAACAUCAACCGUCUUUGUCGAGCACACGACACCAGAGUUCGAAUUUGCCGUCUUCUCGCCAAGCUGAACUACAAGGGAUUACUCAAAACAUACGCUUCCAUCUUGGUUACAGUCAUCUUUUCCCUUAUUGUUGCUAAGUUUGCAACUUACAACCCCUCCGUUAAUUAGUACUAUUCACCUCUACCUCCACUCGACAACCGCGUAAACAUUCAUAAGCAUUACGACAAAAAUAAAGCACCAUUUGAAAUGAUUGAUGCUGGUUUAUUUGGUGGAGCCGACAUCGAUAAUUGAGCCCUGCGUUUGCACAUCAUUUAGCUUAAUAUUGGGUUUUCAAUAAAAGUGAGAGUAUUCGGAAUCUCAUGUAGCAGUGUUUUUUUUUUUUAAAUCAUGUCGUGUAUGCUAUGUUGCUGUUUCAUUGCAUAUGUCAAUACUAUGUGUAUUAUGUUUGAAUUUUGAAUAUAAUAAAUCCAUCUUGGAAUCA